AUGCUCAAUCUCAGUGAUCUAGUCAGCAUGAAAAUCAUUCAUCUUUCCCUUCUCUUGCAAUUCCGACUGACGAUGUGUUAUAAAUGCGAUGAUUACAACUUCUAUAAGAAGAAAACAGCGGAAUUUAUAAAGAAGUGCGGACGAAAAUCAACGGUGUCAUUUACGACAAAAACGGCUGUCAUAGAUGCGAAGGACUUCGACGACGAAUUCAACUUAUUCUUUUCGAAAAUGCAACGUUUCCAAGUGUGUAUUCGCAUCGAAAAUACAACACUCAAAAAGGUCAAGUUUCCAGCGCUUCGGAAAACAGCAGACGCAAGGUGUCAGCAUGCAUUGGCGGCUAUUGUGAUCAGAAACAAUCCGUGGCUUGAAGAAAUAGUCUUUGGGAACGGCACUGUUCCUGCUUCAUCUGUGCCGACCUUAAUGGCAGGAGCAAAGAAGUCUAAACGGAACUCAAUUCAGUUGUUUGGAGAAUGUCAAGUUCCAAAACCGCUUAAGAACCUGGACGACCUAGCUGGAUGUGAAUCACUUCAUGGGGACAUCGUUCUCAAAGGAAACACGCUCAGCCCAUCACGUGAACCGCUGAAGCCGUUCAACCUCAACGGAUGUGUAAUUAUAAAGAAUACAAACGUCAAAAACAUCAAUUUCCUACGUAGUCUGCAAUCUCAGGAAUUGCCAGCAUGGGUAUGCGAGAAUGAAAUUUUGGGUAACCCUACCCUAUGCAUACAUGAAGACCUUGAAAGACUGCUUCGGUCAAGAAUAAUCAACCUGAAUAUGACGGUGCAAGAAGAGUGUGAAAUGGUCUGUAUGGGCGGCGCCGUAACACGGGAAUACAUUGAAUCGACCAUAGCGGAUCACCUUUGUGACGUUAUCAGAGGUGACUUAAUCGUGAAAAAUUGGACAGGCGAUACGAGUCCUUUGCGACAUUUCAUGACCAUAAGGAAAAUCGAGGGAGUGUUGCAUAUAAUGGACAACGUAGAAAUACAGAAGUUAGAUUUCUUAUCUGCACUGGAAGAAAUUGAUGCGGGUCCGAAGGAGGAGCGUCCGGCUCUAGUCGUCAGCAAUAACUCGGCGUUGGAAGAGGUGUCGUUGGUUUCGUUGAGGAGAGUGGAAUCAUCCGCCUUGAUUACUACGGUUAUUAAAGAUAAUCCGAAACUUGUUGUUGAUGAGGAAGAAUUGUAUGAGAUUUCUGGUGGGAAGAAUCGAACAGAACUUAUCUUGGCCGAUCUUGGAAAAGAAGAGAACAGUUGGGAAAGGGAUGGACUCCCUGCUUCUGCUGUGCCAGGACUGACUCGUAAAAUCAUUGUAUCCCGCACGUCGGUCCGGCCAAAAGCCUGCAAUCAAUUGACUGGGAGGUGCAAGGGAGGCGGUUUGGAGUCGCCUCCAACAAAUAAGCUCCACAUGUCCACUCUGGGAGAACGGAAGUUCUCCCAAAAACCCAUGGGACUAGAGGCUUGCAACCUGCCCGUGGGUUUUAAAUUUCAUGCAAAAAACAGUAAUAGAAAAGAGUCUCCUGACUCCGGUAGAAAGCCUGGUACGGUAGCGCCAGGUAGGACGGGGUUGCAGGAGUCAUGUAGGCUACCGAAACGGAAAAGGACUAGGAUGACGAUCUGUACUUAUAACGCACGCACGCUUGCAUCGGAAGCGGCCAUCGAAGAUCUGAUGGUGCAAGCCAAGAAGAUCAAGUACGACGUCAUCGGACUGACCGAGACGAGACGACGUCACUCUCUCAACGCUGUAUUUGAAACUGGAGAAGAACUGUUCUUAGGAACAUGCGACAGUAGAGGUGUUGGUGGAGUUGGCGUCCUCGUCAACACGAGUAUGGCACAGAACAUCGACUCUUUCGAACAACUCACGACCCGAAUCGGACGUCUGCGGAUGAGAAGAUGUGGUCCCACACCGGCUUUGACUAUCUUCGUCGCUUACGCUCCAACAUCAAGCUACGAAGAAGAAGAAGUCGAAGCUUUCUAUAUGGACCUGGAGAAGUUCUACCGAGAAGAUCAUGCCUUUUACAAGGUCAUAAUUGGCGACUUCAACGCCAAAGUUGGCCCAAGAAGAACGCCGGAGGAACUUCACAUCGGGACCCACGGCCUACAAUGGAAUGACCAGGGGGAGAGGCUUUCCGAGUUCAUCAUGACGACUAAGACCAUCCAUGGGAACUCGCAAUUCCAGAAGCCCUCCUCUCUACGCUGGACGUGGGAGUCACCCGGUGGAGGGUACCGUAAUGAGAUAGACCACAUCAUCGUCAAUAAAAGGUUCUGCCUGACGGAUGUCGCUGUUGUACCAAAGUUCUAUACGGGAUCGGACCAUCGCCUCCUCCGAGGAAGAUUUUCUUUCACGCGGAGAGCAGAGAAAGCCGCCAAGUUCAGCAAGAGAAAUCCCAGAACUACCAUCAACUGGGAUCUCUUCGCUACGUUAGCCGGCUUUUGGGAAGAUUCCGCAAUGGACAACAUCGACGAGGAAUACGACCGGCUUGUCAAACACCUUCAUGACUGCGCGAAGAAGGCUGAGAGUAUUAAAACAACCAAGAGACGCCUGUCUCUUGAAACUCUUGAGCUGAUACGCCAGCGUGGAGCAGCACGAGCCGCAGGGAACCAAGAGCUUACGUCCGAGCUCGCAAGGCUUUGCAGAGAGGCGAUAAAGAAAGACCUUAAAGAGAGAAGAGCAGAAGUGCUGGCUGAAGCAGCAGAGGCGGGAAAAAGCAUCCGCUAUGCCCGCCGAGACUUCGCCAGUCGCAAGACAAGGAUGACAGCUCUCCGGAACCCGAAGGGAACAACCAUUGCAUCGAGAAGGGGAAUGGAGAAAAUCAUCUACGACUUCUACUCUGAUCUCUUCGACAGCCGUACCCACUUGCCUCCUCACCAUCUGAGGGAAGAUGGACAUGUCAUUCCAGCGGUUCUCCCGUCCGAAAUACGACAUGCUAUCAUGUCGGUGAGAAAUCGUACAGCAGCCGGUCCCGACAGAAUAAAACCAGAACACCUGAAGAACCUUCCGCCAGUACUCAUCAACACCCUGGCGAGGAUCUUCACACGUUACCUGUCGGAAUGCAAGGUCCCUAAACAGUGGAAGACCAGCAAGACCGUGUUGCUGUAUAAAAAGGGAGAUCCACAUGACAUCGGCAACUAUCGCCCAAUCUGCUUACUGUCCGUCAUCUACAAGCUCUUCACAAGAGUGAUCCUUAAUAGGAUUGAAAAGGUCUUGGAUGAAGGACAACCAUGCGAGCAAGCAGGGUUUCGAAAAGGAUUCAGCACGAUCGACCAUAUUCACACUGUUUCGAGACUCAUCGAGGUAUCACGAGAGUACAAGAUGCCGCUCUGUCUCACUUUCAUCGACUUGAAGAAGGCCUUUGACUCAGUUGAGACGGAAGCGGUCGUGGAAGCCUUGGACAACCAAGGCGUUCCCACUCAGUACAUAAAGGUGCUUCGAGAGUUGUACAGUAACUUCACGACCGGAAUCUCGCCAUUCUACAAGAAUAUCAUCAUUGACGUGAAGAGGGGGGUUCGACAGGGUGAUACAAUCUCACCCAAAAUAUUCACAGCCACCCUCGAGAACGCAAUGCGAAAGUUGGAAUGGGACGACAUGGGAGUGAAGAUCGAUGGUCGGCAGCUACACCAUUUGCGCUUUGCUGAUGACAUCGUACUGAUAACACCUAGCAUCAGCCAAGCGGAACGAAUGCUGACCGAAUUCGCCGAAACAUGUGGAUGCAUCGGUCUUGAGCUGAAUCUUCAAAAGACGAUGUUCAUGCGGAACGGAUGGAUCUCGGAUGCCCCAUUCACGCUCAACGGAACGAACAUAUCCGAAUGCACCAGCUACGUCUAUCUGGGUCGGAAAUUGAACAUGAUGAACGACCUGGCCCCCGAGCUGGGCAGGAGGAGAAGAGCGGCUUGGGGAGCGUACAAGAGCAUCGAGGACGUAGUGAAGAAGACCAAGAACACCCGGCUCCGUGCUCACCUCUUCAACACCACCGUACUUCCUGCUUUGACCUAUGCCUCAGAAACCUGGGCACUUCGCAAGCAGGAAGAAAACGCGGUGAGCGUCAUUGAACGCGCAAUUGAGAGAGUGAUGCUAGGAGUAUCCCGUUUCAAGCAAGUGAGAGACGGGAUUCGAAGUUCUCUCCUACGUCAGCGAUCGAAGAUCAGAGACGCCGCCGCGUUUGCCAAGGAAAGUAAAAUAAGGUGGGCCGGACACGUGAUGCGCUUUAACGACAACCGUUGGACCAGAGCCGUGAGCGACUGGAUUCCCCGCGAUAUUAAGCGCAAUACAGGAAGACCGCCGACCCGAUGGUCAGAUUUCUUCACGAAGUCCUUCAAAGAAAAUUACGAUGCUCUUCGUGUCCCACGCGAAAGGAGGAACCACUGGGCUACUCUGGCACGCGACCGGGACAAAUGGAAGAAUUACUGGCGCCCGCUCGACCGGUUCGAAGACCAACGGGAGUCAAGGUGA